AUGGUGGCUGCUACCUUGCCCACGAACCCUUUCGUUGAUCCACCCUUUCCCCAACCUCCCCCAGUGGCCUCUCCCACCGACCGUCUUUACACCAGCGCCCAGCUCUCUGUUAGCCCCAGACGCCUACAAACCCGUGCACAAAAUUCGUGAUUGGCUGUGCGACUUAGAUCUUUUCCUGACCGACGUCCCACCCCACCAACAUACUUGCUUCUUUCUACGUUUCCUUUCCCCAUCCGCCAGGCGACGCGCGUUCGAUGCCGGCCUUACACCAGCUACCCCGUUCCCCGUCGCCUGCCAGUGCGUCGUGCAGCUGUUCGACACCCCUGACGCGCCUGGCAUCGCGGCAGAGCGAUUUGCCAAGUUACGCCAGGCCCCCCGGCAAUCUGUUGACGACUUUGCAACGGAACUCACCCGACUUGCCUCCGCGGCUUUCCCCAACUUACCACACCCCGAUCGAGACGACCUUAUCAUCCACCGUUUCAUUUCAGGCCUCUUCGAUCGCACGAUCACCGACUCCUUCCUGCUCCACCCCCCGCGUACUUUGAACGACGCCUUGCGACAGUGCCGUCUGUAUCUUACAUAUCACCGAAACCACCAACCCUCUACGAGACCCCUUCUCUGGAAAUUUAUGUUUUGCUUCGGUAAUCCUUCCUCAAAAUAG